GAUUGAGGUGGGUAUGUCGUAUGCUGCAGAGCACCUUUGAAGAUGGUCGAGUCUUCGUCAUGCACAUAGACAUAGGCACGAUGGUGGAUGGCGCACGCUCCACGUUCUGCGGGCAGUUAAAUUGACGCACGGCAAACACACCCGCCAGGCCGCGAUAGGAGAGGAGCCAGAAGAUUCAGAGUUCCGCAGCACGCAGUGACGCAGGUAACUGAGGAUAAGAAGCAUUGCAUAAUUUGAAUCCUCAAAGUGGAAUAUGGAUCUUGUAGAACUCUUCGUCACGGCAUGUGUUCCGGUCUUUAACAUGCUUCUGGUUACCGGUGUUGGGUCGUUCUUAGCAACUGAUUUUUCUGGCAUACUAACCAAAGAAGCAAGAAAACAUUUAAAUAAUGUAGUAUUUUAUGUAUUCAGUCCCUCCCUUGUUGCAAUCUAUUUGGCAAAAACAAUCACCAUGGAAAGCUUGGCUAAACUGUGGUUUAUGCCCGUAAAUAUUCUUCUUGGUUUUACCUUUGGUUUAUUCUUUGGAUGGAUUGUGGUAAGAGUUACAAGAGCACCUGCCAAGCUAAAAGGCCUCAUUUUGGGUUGUUGUUCUGCUGGCAAUUUGGGCAAUCUUUUUCUCAUUGUCAUUCCAACUCUUUGCAAAGAGAAAGGAAGCCCAUUUGGAGCACCUCAUGUUUGUCAGAAUAUUGGACUAGCCUAUUCUUCACUCUCCAUGGCUAUCGGUGCUAUUUUCCUAUGGUCUAUUGUGUAUAAUAUUGUUCGUGUCACAUCAAACGUGACGCAAGGAGAUGACAAUGCUCAAACAAAUGAAACGAAAGUGUUAAGUUCAGGAAAUGCUACAGGAACUAUUGUAGAGGAGAACUGCUCCACCUCAAAUGAUUGCACCAAUGAAUGUACACUCCCUUUGUUAUCGUCGAGAAUAGUUCCAGCUAAAAAUAAGGAACCAACGUUGGAGAGAGCACGGAAGUUCUUAUCAUCAAUUUCUCAAGCAAUUGACUUGAAGAAACUCUUUGCCCCUGCAACCAUUGCAGUGAUUGUCGGCUUCAUAAUCGGAGGAACACCUGUGUUGAGAAAUGCUAUAAUUGGCGACAGCGCUCCACUUCGUGUCGUGCAGGAAUCGUCUGAAUUGAUAGGCGGCGGAGCAAUUCCAUCCGUCACAUUGAUAAUGGGAGCAAACCUACUGAACGGAGUACGAGGCGGCGCAAGUGUUCCACCGUCGGUAAUAGUCGGUGUCAUAGUUGUGAGAUACAUUCUGCUCCCGCUGCUCGGCACGGCGCUGGUGAACGGAGCCGUCCGGAUGGGCCUCAUCCAGCCAGACCCGUUGUACCAAUUCAUCCUCCAUCUGCAGUACGCCGUGCCACCCGCAAUGAACAUCGGGACUAUAAUGCAGCUGUUUGGCGUCGGAGAGAGCGAGUGCUCGGUGAUCCUCGUCUGGGUGUACGCGCUCGCCCCUGUCACCGUGACCAUCUGGUCCGCCUUCUUCAUGUGGACGCUGUCGUGAGCUCGCGACAACAGGACACACCAGGCCGGAAAAUGUUGUACAUUGUUGAUAGAGUAAGAAAUUUGUAAAAUGAAAUUGAAACACCUCUGCUUUCGCCACCAGAGAGAACUCGGCGGCGUCGAUGGGCAGGAAGCACGAGCACGGCCGUCCUGCCUGCUGUCUAAGGAUAGAGACGGUGCUCCAAACAAAUACCCAUGAUUCUUCUCUAAUCGUUUAGUUUAUUAAAUUAUAUUGAAGAAAAACCACAAACAUUCAUUUGAA